AUGGAUAUAACAGAUAGAGAGGCCUUGAUGGGGGCCUUAUCUAGCAUGAAGAAAAUUACCCCGUUCAAAAGAGAGCUAAACCAAAAACCUCCGUCCAGCUACAGGGAGUUUUUGGCGCGAGCGCAAGGGUACAUCAACGCCGAAGAGGCGGACGCAAACGACCCCGAGCACCGGACCAACAAGAAUAAAGGAACCGAACAAGGGUCAGCGCCUGCGAAGCAGGAUGGGAAGAAGCGUCGAGGUGGAGGAAACGGAGACAAGCAGCCCACCGCGAUGACAAACGCUCCGGAAGCCAAGAAGCCGAGGUUCCACGGCGAUGUCGGCCACCACACCAAUGAUUGCGCCGACCUCAAGGACGAAAUCAAAAGAGUGAUCCGCGAGGGAAGGUUACAAGAAUUCAGGGCCGAACGAAGACCUCGAAAUGACGGCCAUGGUGGGCAGAAUGACGGUCGAUGCAGAGAGGAGAACCAGCGCCUAAAGGAUCGCGAACCCGUCGGCAUCAUACGGACUGUCCUCGGCGGUCCCUAUAUAGGAGGAGACUUAAAGAGGUCUCAGAAGGACUACGUCCGCGAGGCCAGGGGGGUUUAUCAGGAGCGAUUCUGGAGUGUCUCCGCUACAAAAACCCCAAGGUACAGCCACACCGACGUGGCCUUUAACGAGGAUGACGCUAGUGGGGUUCAUUUCCCCCACAACGAUGCCUUGGUGGUGGAGGCCAUGAUAGGAAACCACACCGUGUGCAGAAUACUGGUGGACAAUGGGAGCUCGGUGGACCUCCUAUACUCCGAUUACUUGGAGAAAAUGGGGAUCCAAAAGGAACAAUUGGAGAAAACCUCCAGGCCGCUAUAUGGUUUCACUAGUGACUCCGUCAUCCCUCAAGGGACCAUCUGGCUACCCAUAACCGCCGGAGAGAAACCUCGACAGGCAACCACAAUGGCCAAUUUCGUGGUCAUAAAAGGAAGCUCCCAGUACAACGCGGUAAUCGGGAGACCAACCCUUCAAGCAUUAAGGGCAAUAACCUCCGUCUACCACCAAAAGGUCAAGUUCCCCACCCUAAAUGGCGUAGGAAAAAUGAAGAGCAACCAGUAUGAAGCUAUGGUUGCAUACUCUGACGCCCUGCGCGGAUAUGACCAACCAGGAAGACAGGAGACAAGGGUGGUUCACCAGGGCCUUGUCAAGGACAUAGACCCCUGA